AGAGUGAUAUCGGAAACGUAAGGAUUGGAUUUUCAAAAUAGUAUACCACAAUGAUUCGAAAAAUUAAGUUAUAUUUAUGAAAAGACUUUUAUUUCAGAUGCUUCAACCGGAAAUUGUUGCAUUUUACUUCACACUAUUGUUAGCGAACUAGCUAAAAGUGUAUGGAAUCAACCUGUGUAGCUUUUAUUAACAUCACCGUCUGUAAUAGUUAAAAAGUAGCAACAUGAACCAGGAAUGUCAAGGCACCGAGUCGGAAGUAGCUGAUACAACAGAGAAGCUUAAGCAGAAAUAUUUAAGGAGGAGAAAACAGUUGCCACCUUCAGACGAUAUUUCCCCAGGAACCAGUAACGAAGCAGUACAAAGGCUCACUUUGGCUCAGAGAUCCAAACAACCAAGCAAAGUCUUGAAAUACUACAGCCAAACUUUACAUGAGCUGUUCAAAGCAGUUACCAACCAUCCUGACCAAUUUGGCAGUGAUCGUAGUCUGCACGGCAGUAAUGAGGACCUGAGUGGGGAUUCUACAGUUGCCCCUUUUCAGGACUCUCAUGUGCUGUUUACUGAAACAGAUGUGACUCUGCCUUCCUGUCUGGAUGGUAGCCCUGGGUCCUCUGAAACAGAAACAGACAGAGAUUUGGAGCGGGCUCCCCGGUUCCCUGACUCGUGCUGCUCUUCUUCUUUAGUAGUAGCUAGGGUUUACCAGGAGAUGAUGACCAUCUAUGAACAGCUAAAGGCAGAGCGACAAAGCCAACAACAGUGCGAAAGACAGCUGCACCAGCGAGAAAGGAGGCUAAAACAACAGGAGGAGGCUUUUGGGAGGGUGGCCGGGCUGGAGGAGAUGCUGCACACUCGCAUACUGGCUGUGGAGGAGAAACACCAGCAGGAGCUGAGCCAGUUGAAGGAGCUUCUUCGAGAGAGGAGCAAAGAGAACAGGAGGCUCAAAUCCAGCUUUGACACCAUUAAGGAGCUGAAUGACAACAUGAAGAAACAGCUGAGUGAGCUCAGUGAGCAGAAUAAGAAGCUGGAGAGUCAGUCCAAGAGGGUGCAGGCUCGGCUUGAGAACCUCCAGAGGAAAUGUGCACAGAGCACAGCAUCCAGAGGCAGUCAGAAUGUGUGUGCUAAGAGCCUAGAGUGUAUUAAACCAGCCAAAAAGGAGAAACGUGUUGCUCCUGGACGACUCAGCAGCAAGGGCAGCUACGGUCCCACGCCACUAAAGCUCCUGGCCCUUCUGCUCGACUGGGUACUUGAUGGACAGACAUUCUCAUCAGUAGCAGGGAACGAAAGGAAAGGUGCAGGCCAGUGUCUGCCUCUGGAUGUUGUACUCAAUGAGAGAUGCCUCAAGGUGCUGCCGUUAUUAGCAGAUCAGCUUCAUCAUGCUCCUCUCUCAGAACCAGAGCUACUCCUAAACCUUCUUCGCCUCAUCCACUGGGUUUUGAGACACAUGGACAAUAGCACACAGCAUGUAGCGCUGUCUGCCACUCUGCGGAGGAUAGGGGAGGAAGUGUCAAAGCCUGCAGCCCAGUCAGCAGUGUUGCAGUGUGAAGAUUCAGACCUGCCCAAGUCCUGCAGUGAGGCAGCCCGGCCGUUCAGGAACCGGCCCCUUUACCGCAGCCCCUGUCAUCACACACGUAUCCUCUCUACACUCAUCAUCCUCCGCACUGUCUCACAAGCUGAUGUAGUGGCCCAGGCUCUGGAUAUCCUCCAUACCGAUCUCAUGUCUGUGGAGAGCCGAGGCCUGUUUAUACACUACGGAGGAGUGUGUGUGCUGCUGUCAGUGUUACGGGCUGGCCGUGGAGGCCUACACACACCUAUAGACAUCCUGAUGCAGCUCACUGAGCAAUCUCGCUACUUAAAUCCAUUCCUGGAGGCGUGUAGCUGUGAGGAGUUUUUCCAGACGGCGUCCCAGCUCAUUAAACGUCCUUGUCUGGAGCUCCCAUCACUGGAGAAGCUCUCGAUCCUACUGCAUAAGCUCUCCAGCAUUAGGAAGAAUUGUCGUCUGUUUGAGCUGUCCUCCCUCCACCACCAGUUACAAGAGCUUUAUCACAAAACCAACCAUGCACACGCCUUCCUCCGCCUCAACCUCAGGUCCAUCCUGCACAAUCUUAAAUAAUGCACACAUUUGCGUUUCCCUGCUUCAUGGAUUCAAGCUGCCUUCAAGCACUCAGACUUACUAGUUAAGACACAGGUGAUUUCCAUGUCGCUGCUGAAACACAUUGCUUGAUAUCCUGUGUUCAAACUGUAGUUACCGUAUUUUCAACUGUACUUCAAACAACAUGGCUUACGUAGACACACAGUGACAUGUUUUCGAAGUUCUCUUGUCUGUUCGAAGUAUUUUAUAACAUUUUGUGUUCCACACUUUGUGACCCCUCUGUUUUUGUGUUCCACAGUGAUGUUUUGUUUUUUAUCUGUGAUGCAGAACCUUUUUAUUAAAUGAGUGUCAUGCUUGCCAGUGGCCCUAAUGGCUGUCUCAUGUGCUCAGUGGAAGAAGGCCGUGACUGUGAAGCUUCUUAAUGGCAAUAAACAAGAAGAACUGAAGAAGACUGGACUGCAUACAAAAUGGUGAAAUCCAUAUGUUUUGUAUAAAUGUGGAAGUGCUUGGGUGAUCUGGAUUUGAAAUGAGUCUACCCAAUCUCUUAAGGGCACUAGAGAAUCCAAAUUCCUGAUUGAACUGCAUUGUAGUUAGUUUGCAAAACUUCUGUUCAGGUAAGAGCUUGAAGAUGGUGGGUUUGAAGAAACUUUUACAGUGUAUUGUGUUUUCAGAUAUCUACUGUAGAAUAUACAUUCCAGUUUACUUGAAUGAAUGAAAUUUAUUUCUGUCUAGAUAACUGUACAAACAUGACAAGAAGCACUAUUUUC